CAGCCAAGAGAGUUAAUUGGGCCGUCUGCUUCAGACGGUCAACAUCUAAGCUCUCGUUGACGUAUACCUGUACGUGUAGCUGUGAGCACAAGCGAUCCACAACUUUGUUGCACUAUCUACAAAGUUAUCUCCCUUUACCGAAGAUGUUGCUGCUCGUGUUUUAUCUUCUCUAUGUUGGGAUAACCGUCGCCCAGGGCAGCUUGACACAAAGGUGCUUCUCUGAGCUCGGAUGUUUCUCCAUCCUCCCCCCGUUUGUCUCCCUCCCCUCACGGCCUGUCGCGUUGCUGCCUGAGGCGCCGGAGCAGAUCGGGACCGUGUUCAAGCUGUACUCACGUGACCAGUCUGCCGCCCCACGUGAUCUGGAAGCGACACAAGUGACCAGCAGUCUGAAGACCAAGUGGUCAGGCUACGUGUCCAGGCCAACGAAAUUUAUCGUCCACGGUUUUCUAACCAACGUCCGUGUGACAAACUGGCCGGAGGAGAUGAAGGACGAGCUCUUAAAACAGGGAGACUACAACGUCAUCAUAGUGGACUGGUCAGGGGGUAACAAACCGCCCUACACCCAGGCCACGGCCAAUACGAGGGUCGUGGGGGCACAGAUAGCCCUGCUAAUUAAUGCAAUUAUCGCCACCUACGACAUACCGACCAGCCAGUUUCACAUCAUCGGCCACAGUCUUGGUUCUCACAUCGCUGGGUACGCUGGUGAGAGGGUGCCAGGCUUGGGUAGGAUUACAGGCUUGGAUCCCGCCGGCCCUUUCUUUGAAGGCACUGACCCCAAAGUGAGGCUUGACCCAACGGAUGCCGUGUUUGUUGACGUCAUCCACACCGACGCAGGGUCCAUCCUUCUUUCUAACCUGGGCAUCAGACAGGCUGUAGGACACCAGGACUUCUACCCAAACUCUGGCAGCAAUCAGCCGGGUUGCUUCAAAACUCUGAUCACCUCCAUCGAACAGUGGGGGCUAAUAGACGGUACGACGGAUCGUUUUAUCUGCAACCAUAUGAGAGCGGUUCGUUUGUUCAUUGAGAGCAUCAACUCACGCUGUCGCUUCGACGGUUACCCUUGUACCAGUGCACUCAAGUUUAUUACCGGCGCGUGUAAAUCCUGUGGUACCUCCAGCUGUGCCACCAUGGGGUUCUGGGCUAACAAAGACAACUCUCCUCAAGGUCAGUUCUACCUGAACACAGCAGGACAGCCGCCAUUUUGUUUGGUCUCAAGCUAAACGUUCUGUGGACACCAACAUAACAAUAAAAUAAUUAUCUCGAACGUAA